UUAAACUCCACGAAACGGUCUGACUCUAGAAAGUUUCCUAAACCCUGCUGAGCCCUAGCCACUCUCCUUCUCCUUUUGAAACCCUGGCCAUGGCUUUGCACCCACUUCGUAUUCGUCGAACGCUAACUACUCUGACCACCCUCCACCGCUUUCUCUCCGUUCCCAAUCCUACGGUCCCUACAAUUACAGUCCCCAUUUCCAAUUCCACCCAUACGCCACCUCCAUCAUCAUUAGCAACAUCUUUCGGUAUCUUUCAAUCUCGAUGGUUCAGAUCAUCGGGGGGUCCGUUGUCAUCGCCGAGACAAUACAAACUGUAUAAGGAAGGAGAUGAGAUCACAGAAGAUACGGUUCUAUUCGAAGGCUGUGAUUACAACCAUUGGCUCAUCGUUGUUGAUUUCCCUAAAGAUAAUAAGCCUCCUCCUGAAGAAAUGGUUCGUACUUACGAGAAUAUUUGUGCUCAAGGCCUCGGCAUCAGUGUGGAGGAGGCGAAAAAAAGAAUAUAUGCAUGUAGCACAACUACUUAUGAAGGUUUUCAGGUUCUAAUGUCUGAAGAAGAGUCUGAAAAGUUUAAUGAUAUUCCCGGGGUCGUUUUCGUAUUGCCAGAUUCAUACAUUGAUCCAGUAAACAAGGAGUAUGGAGGAGACAAAUACGAGAAUGGUGUUAUCACACCAAGACCACCCCCUAUUCAGUAUGCUAGAAACCAAGGUGGUAAGUUCCGUCAACAUAGAAAUCCUGACCAACCAAGAUAUGAUCGACAAGGACAGACAAUGCCAAACCAGCAAGGGAAUCCACCAUACAGUCAGCAGGGAUUUGUGCAAGGGGAUGGAAGGAACUAUAGGCCUCCACAAAAUUAUCCACCUCAACAAAAUUAUGGUCAGCAGCCACCAAUGAACAGAGAUUAUGUUCCCCAAGGAAAUGAUCCUUCAUAUCAGGGCAGUUACAACCAAGGAGGGCGGGGAAAUUAUAAUUCCCCAGAAAGAAAGGACUUUUUUCAAGGAGAUCAUAGGAAUUAUAUGCCUCCCGAGCAAAGGGACUUCGGAGGAGAUCAAAGGAACAUAGGUUCUUCACAAGGUGGAAAUUAUGGGCAGGGACCAAGUUCCACCUAUGGGCAGAAUUUUGGGCAAGGGACAAAUCCUGCCUAUGGGCAGAAUUUCAGUCCAAGGGUAAAUCCUGGUUAUGGGCAGAAUUCUGGGCAAGGAGCAAACCCUGGCUAUUGGCAGAAUUCUGGGCAAGCUGCAAAUCCUGGCUAUGUUCAGAAUUCUGGGCAAGGAGCAAAUCCUGGCUAUUGGCAGAAUUCCGGGCAAGGAGCAAAUCCUGGCUAUGUUCAGAAUUCUGGGCAAGGAGCAAAUCCUGGCCGUGGACAGAGUUAUGGGCAAGGACCAAACCAUGUAUUUGAUCAGAACUAUGGGCCAGGGGCAACCGUUGGCUCUGGGCAGAGUUAUGGCCAGAGAGCAAAUCCUGGUUAUGGACAGACUUACCCGGGGCAUGGAGCUGGUCAAGGGUUCUCACAAGCAGAGCAGAAAAAUCUGCAAGGAGAGACAUCCGGAUCAAUGGGGCAAGGAGGGGUGCAACAAGGAAGAAAUUAAAGGUUCCAAAUGGCUCUUUGAGAUGAUUGGGAGUGUUGACAUGCAAAGGAGUCAUGGUGUCUUUUCUUUCUCUCUUUAAACUCUUUAUAUAAGGGUUACAUCUAGCAGCUGUGAUAGUAAAUAGUCAACUGUUUUAUCUCUGUUUGAUUCAAGAAGUUUGAGCUUUUAGCUACAAAUUGGAAUCUGAUUUUGUCUUUUUGUUUUUACUUUCUCUGUUUCUUGGUGAAAAUAUAAGAAUUUCUCUCAUCUUCCUAUAUCAAAUCUGUCUUCUUGUUGGAGAAAAUUAUGUUUGGAGGUUGCCAUUUAACUUUUCUGUCACCGUAAGAUGAACAAUUGUGAAUCACUUCUUUUUAAAGCCAUCCACAAG